UCCCGUAUAAGCAUCCGUAGUAACAGGUGGUUGCUACGGUCCAUUCGCUGCAUGGCUACAGUGGCUUUAUUCGAUCUACUAGGGCAGGCCCUGGGACAUCAACCAAGCGGCGUCGUCAACUUCAAUCAACUCCAUCGUCUUUUACUAGAGAUCAUCAGUCAUGUAGGCCAUUUACACGAGACAACAAGAGAACAAACAACAACAUUCGUACAGACUGACGCGUCCAACUUGUCAAUUGGCGCAACAGCUAGUUCACACGGACAAGUCGCUGCUGCACAGAGUAUACGCGCAGACGUCGGUCGAGUAGACGGCGUUCCUGUCCCGGUUGCUGCUCCAGCGACUCUCAACGCUGCAGACAGUGCGAGUCAACAUGUUGACACGUCAGACAAUCAAGAGGAGAAGGACAUUUCAAUGAGUGUACAUGAAGGAGAUGCUUCACCGGGAGUAGAAAAAACGAACGUGGAAAGGCAAGAAGGCAAUAAAUUAGAGGAGGCGUGGUCACGACACACGAUUGACAAAACACAGUCUGCGAGUCUGUCGAGAGCUGCAAGUCAUUGGCAACCGCUGGUUGGCCGGAUUGACUCAGCGCGCUCUCUGGCGGCUAUCAAUGACGUCAGUGUGUUGGAAAAUCGUCUCGGACGCAUCGAAACGCGUCUGAACGCGAUGGAAACGCUACCGGAAGCGAUGAAGAGAGCAGCGGAAGGAGGAAAGCCUGUAAGUGAUAUGUGGCAUUACACGAGUCUGGAGAAGAGAAUGGAUGCCGCCGAACAGUCGAUGGACAGAUCAAGCGGUCUCUUUGAUGAGAUGAUGUCCCGUAUAAACGGAUUGGAGGGAAUGGGUGAGAGAAUUGCGAGUUCGUCUGAUAGGAUGAACGACGUGGAACAGAGUAAUGCGAGAUUGAGGGAUCAGAUGGCGGAGAGUGAUAGGAAGAGGUUGGAGGAGAUGAAUGAAGUGAAUGCGAGACUGGCUGCUCUGGAGAAACAACCAACAGCCGAUGGAGGACCGAGUGCCGCAUUUGUUGAAGAACUUGAACGAAAACUCUCACAACUAACAAUCGAUGUCAGUGCCUUGAGUGGGAACGUGAUGAGUUUGAGUGAAGGAUUGACGAACAGCGUGAGUAAAGAUGCAGUGAAAGAGAUGGUGACGUGGCCGGAGCUGGAACGAGCUCUUAAGUCAACGAAAGACGAGGUUCGUCCGCCAUCUCCACCACGGCAACAUCCGUCUGAAGAGAUACAGAAACUGUUGGGAGAGAUUGGAGAGCUGAGAGGGAAACAUGAGAUGUUAGAGAAACAGAUGGCUGAUAUGCAUGCCGCAUUAGCAGAGAAGGUUGGUGCUAGUGAUUUGAGUCAGUUGAUGAGUCAAGGUGAUAGUGAUGCAGCAGGUGAGAAUGUGAUGGCCAUGCUGCUUGAGAUACAGACGAAGAUCAAUUCACUUGAUGCAAAAGUAAAUGAAUUGUCGAGUCGUGUUGGUGCCGUUCCUACUACGGUUACUGAUGAUUUGAAUGAAAUGAGAAAGCACAUGGGUGAAAUGCAGAACACGCUGAAUGAUUAUCAGGAGAUGAAGAGUUCACUGUUAACGUUACAAGAGAAUGUAGCUCAGCUCAACUCGUCAUCUCUCACAACACAACACAUCGACAAUCUCAGUGAGCAGCUGAAGCAACUGCGUGACCAAGUCACUCAAUUAGAUCAAGCACUUUCCUCUCUCAGUCAAGCAAUCAGCGACCAACCAACACCCGUGCCUGAAACGAUCAGCAAGGAGACGCUUGAGGCAAUACAUCGUCACUUACAUGAGAUGCAAGACGAGCAAGAACGACUGGCAGACUUUGCAAGGAAAUUGGCUGAAGAAAUUGCAGUGAAAGAAGAUCAUAUCAAAACUCUCUAUGGUUCAAUGGGAGACUUAGACGACCGCAAAGCCGACAAAUCAUACGUCGAACACGAAGUCGAUGAGAAAGCAGAUCGUAGAAUGUUAGAAAACAAGGCCAGUCGUGCUUGGGUUGACAGCACGUUCUCAAAACUCGACCAAGAAAUCAGAGACGCAAGACAGAGAUUACUAGGUCAAGAAGAGGCUCUCAACAAGGCUGUGAACCAGCUGUCCAGUGAUGUUGACUCCAAACUUGAUCGAUUAGAAAUCGAGCCUCUCAAGCAAUACUUUGAGGAUCGUUUCUCAUCAAUUCAUAUUCCAGACGUGACGCAAUUGGAACCGAAGGCUGAUGAUGAGGCAGCAGGAAUGAGAAAAGGUCUUCACUACAACUGUAUCUCAUGUGCUCGUCCCGUUGUCAUCCGUCCAAGUUUUCGCACCAUACCCACACUACCACAAUCCAAGCUCCUACCAGGCAGCAAGUCUCUCCGAGCAUACACAACAUACGAGCUCGACCUGGUCCGACAACAUCAGAGACGUUAUCUCUCUCAAGCUCUCACUCUACCACCAACCAACAGAAGUUGUGGAGGUUCACACACGACGGUAUUUCCACAACAGAAGAUCAAAAUGACACAACUAGCGAAUGUCUAUACAGAUGUCGAUGUGCCAAUGUCUGUCUACUCGGAUGGCACAGAAACAGAACUCAAAGGUCUAGACGGUCACGUGUACAAAGGCCGCGUCUUCCGACCAGCUAAACUCCCAGCAUUACGGCUGGAGCAUCACAACGGCCACGCCCCAUCCGAACCACCGCACACGCGAUCGCCUACGCCGCGUCAUCCGUCGAGAGGCAGAACAAGAUCAGCCAAUCAAAUGCACAGUUGAUGUGAUUACAUACGAAAUUAGUGAA